AUGGGCAACACUUCCUCGAUGCUGACUCAAUACGACAUUGAAGAAGUUCAGAGCCAUUGCCAGGAUCUAUUUGAGCAGCAGGAGAUACUCUCUUUAUAUCAGAGGUUUUGCCAGUUAGAUCGAAACGCAAAGGGGUUUAUAUCUUCUGAUGAGUUUCUCUCUGUCCCUGAGUUCGCUAUGAACCCACUCUCACAGAGGCUGCUUAAGAUGGUUGAUGGUUUGAACUUUAAGGACUUUGUCGCUUUCUUGUCUGCUUUCAGUGCCAAGGCUAGUCUAAGACAAAAGGUUAAACUGAUCUUUCAAGUGUAUGAUUCUGACGGCAACGGGAAGGUCUCCUCUAAAGAUAUCAUGGAAGUGUUGAGGGACUUGUCUGGUACAUUCAUGUCUGAUGAGCAAAGAGAGCAAGUACUGAGCCAGGUUUUGAAGGAAGCAGGUUACACAAAUGACUCUUACUUAACACUGGAAGAUUUCAUUAAGGUCUUUGGGAGUUGUAAACCGGAGAUGGACGUUGAAAUUCCUGUGGAUUAAGGUUUUUAUGAGAUCACAUAUGGUCAAAGCUGAAAAUCUCCUCAUGUAUUUGUCCAGUUUGUUAGUAGAAUAAUCCCUUGUUGAUUUUGAUCAAAAUACCAUCGCUUGUUUUUGUCAGUCCCAAAACUGACUUCAGCUAUAUGUACGCGAAUAACUUUCAUCUUAAAAGCAUUUUUAUAUUUGAUUUAAUUGAAUGAAUUGG